ACUGAUUUAUUCAUAAACAAAGCGUGACCAUUUUCACAAGAGUCAUUCAAUGGUAAAAUUGCAUCCAAUACUGAAAGUAACAAAUUUUUAUGAACUAGUCAUUGAAUCAUAAGUGAUUCAUUCUGGAACAAAACAACGCAGGUUUUCCUCAGAGACAAAAAAUUACAAAGUAACUCAAUAUUGUGUCUAAAAGGACAGAAACGCUUGAAGACGGAAAACACAGAAGUAUCCCUUGCAGAGACACUAUGAAGAGUAGCAGUAAGAUGGCAGAUUCUCUUAAGCACUCAUGUGGCCUCUCUGAUUGGCUGACAGCUCUAUUGUUGGUCUCCGCUCUCCACCCAGCUCCUGUGCCCUCACAAAAAAUAACUGCCAAUAGCUCAUGGAAAUCUGCCUGCCUUGGCAUAAUUGAGCUUCACACUAUUCAGUCUGAUAAAAAAAAUUGGGGGGAAAAAGAGUGUGUCUGUAGGUGCAAGAUGUACAGCUUUAUGGGAGGUGGAUUGUUUUGUGCAGGAGUGGGAAAUAUACUCCUGGUGAUCUCUACUGCCACUGAUUACUGGAUGCAGUACCGCCAGUCCGGCAGUUACAUGCAUCAGGGCCUGUGGCGCUACUGCGUACCUGGAAAAUGCAUGACACACACAGACAGCAUCGCAUAUUGGGAUGCCACCCGGGCCUUCAUGAUCCUGUCCAUCUUAGCUUGUUUCUUUGGCAUCAUCAUCGGUGUCAUGGCUUUCAUCAAUUACUCCUCCUUUAACGCUUUUGACAAAACCUUUGCUGCGGGAAUUCUCUAUUUCAUUUCAUGCUUCUUUGUGCUGCUGGCUAUGGCUGUCUACACUGGGAUGACAGUCAACUACUUUGGAAAACGAUAUGGGAACUGGCGGUUCUCGUGGUCGUACAUAAUGGGUUGGGUUUCUGUGGUGCUCACUUUCUUUUCAGGGAUCUUCUAUAUGUGUGCUUACCGGAUGUAUGAACCGAGAGGUCCCAUGUCACGCUGAUGCUUCUCAUCUUAGAUCUACUAUUUGAUCCAUUCAGUCUGAAUGUGAACCAUCCCUUCAUUUUAGACCUAUCAUUUAUUGUUUAUUUUAAAAUCACAUAAC